AUGGCGCAGAGAGGAAAUCAGCUGAAUUCAGAGAAACUUUCUUGUUCCAUCUGUCUGGAUCUAUUGAAGGAUCCAGUCACUAUUUCCUGUGGACACAGCUACUGCAUGAACUGCAUUAAAACACACUGGGAUGGAGAGGACAGGAAGAGAAUCUACAGCUGCCCUCAAUGCAAGAAGAUUUUCACAUCAAGGCCUGAGCUGGUCAAAAGUGUCAUGUUAGCAGAGUUAGUGGAGGAGCAGAAGAAGACUGGACUCCAAGCUGCUGCUGCUGAUCUCUGCUAUGCUGGACCUGAAGAUGUGGAUGAACAUAAAGGACAUGAAACAGUCCCAGCAGCAGCAGAAAGAACAGAGAAGCAGAAGGAGCUGGAGGUGAGUCGACUGAACAUCCAGCAGAGGAUCCAGGACAAAGAGAAAGACGUGGAGCUGCUUCAACAGGAGGUGAAGGCCAUCAAUGUCUGUGCUGAUAAAACAGUGGAGGACAGUGAGGAGAUGUUCACCCAGAUGAUCCAUCUCAUCAAGAAAAGAAGCUUAGAUGUGAAGCAGCAGAUCAGAUCCCAGCAAAAGGCUGAAGAGAGUCAAGUCAAAGAGCUUCAGAAGAAGUGGGAGCAGGAGAUCAGGGAUCUGAAGAGGAAAGAUGCUGAAAUGAAGAAGCUGUCAGAUACAUCAGAUCACACCCAGUUUCUCCACAACUACCCCUCAGUGUCAACAUUCAGUGAAUCCUCCCACUCAUCCAGAAUCAACAUUCAUCCUCGGAGACACUUUAAGGAUGUGACAGCAGCUGUGAAAGAGGUCAGAGAUCAAAUACAGGACAUUCUGAGGGACAGCAGAACAGACAUCUCAAUGACAGGGACUCAACCAGAUGUUCCUCUGUCAGACUCACAACCAGAACCAACGACCAGAGCUGGAUUCUUAAAAUAUUCACGAGAAAUUACUCUGGAUCCAAACACAGCACACAGAUAUCUGCUAUUAUCUGAGGGAAACAGAAAAGCAACGUUAAAGAAUCAACAACAGUACCCUCCUCUUUACCCUCCUAAUCCAGAGAGAUUCGCUGAAUGUUGGCAGAUCCUGAGUAAACAGAGUCUGACUGGACGUUGUUACUGGGAGGUGGAGUGGAGAGGAGGAGGAGGAGUUAAGGUCGCAGUCGCAUACAAGAACAUCAGCAGAGAAGGGAGAUCAGAUGAAUGUCAAUUUGGAUUCAACAACAAAUCUUGGGCUUUAUGGUGUUACACAGACAGACAGACAUUUUUGCACAACAGAGUGAAAACUCUCCUCUCAGGUCCUCGGUCCUCCAGAAUCGGCAUCUAUCUGGAUCACAGUGCAGGUAUUCUGUCUUUCUACAGCGUCUCUAAAACCAUGACUCUCCUACACAGAGUCCAGACCACAUUCACUGAGCCUCUACUAGUUGGAUUUCAUCUUUGGAAUCUUCACAACUCUGCUGAGUUCAUUAAACUCAAAUAG